UUCGGUCCGUCGGAAUUCGAACUCCUUUUUUCCUUAAUUCCUUUCUCCAUUCCCCGAUUUCCUGCUUCGUUCAAAAUUCCUUUUUUUUUGGAAUCUUCUCCGCAACUCACCUUUUUUUUCCCGGUGAAAGUCCGAGGUUCGGUUCGAUUUCCUGCCGGAAAACCAGAGAACUCCAUCGCCGUCGUCUAUUGUCGUUCUAGCUUUGUCGGUCUUAGUGAUAUACGAUCAUGAAUCCGGAGUAUGAUUAUCUAUUCAAACUUUUGCUCAUUGGAGACUCUGGUGUUGGAAAAUCAUGUCUCCUCCUGAGAUUUGCUGAUGAUUCAUAUCUUGACAGUUAUAUCAGCACCAUUGGAGUUGACUUUAAAAUACGAACUGUAGAGCAGGACGGGAAGACCAUUAAGCUUCAAAUUUGGGACACUGCUGGACAAGAACGUUUCAGGACAAUCACCAGCAGCUAUUACCGUGGUGCACAUGGCAUUAUAGUGGUUUAUGAUGUAACCGACCAGGAAAGUUUCAACAACGUCAAGCAAUGGUUGAAUGAAAUUGACCGCUAUGCAAGUGAAAAUGUCAACAAGCUUUUGGUUGGGAACAAGUGUGACCUCACUGCUAACAAAGUUGUUUCCUAUGAGACGGCCAAGGCCUUUGCUGAUGAAAUUGGGAUACCAUUCAUGGAAACAAGUGCAAAAAAUGCUACUAAUGUGGAACAGGCCUUCAUGGCCAUGGCUGCUGAGAUCAAGAAUAGGAUGGCAAGCCAACCAGCUAUGAACAAUGCCAGACCUCCGACCGUGCAGUUCCAAGGACAACCUGUUAACCAGAAGAGUGGAUGCUGCUCUUCUUAGGCCAAAGUAUUUAUUGGUUUUAUUCUGUCUCUGCUCUUCAAUCGCAUGUAAAACUAGCUCUCUCUUGGCCUUACUUUUACUUGAAUUCUAAGAAGACUGAUCACUCCCGACCAGGCUUCAUUGUGAUUUGCCUUUCUUUUCAGAUUGUUGCUAAAAUUCAUUCUUUUCAACUAUUUGAUUUUAAAAGGAAGCCUGUACAAAUCAGGAAUAUUUAGUUGCAACAAUAUAUUUGUUGUCUCAUCUAGCA